AGAGAAGCCGCAAGAAAAAAAAAAGAGGCCGCAAGAAAACGGAAGCAGCAGCAGCUGCAGCGCGACCACGAAUGGCGUCGACCUCGAGCUUGGAGUUGGGGAAGAUCGUGCCGCCGGCCGGCUUCCUCCUCCACCGCUGCACCGCCGUCCUCAGCGCCCCUGUUCUCCGGGGGAGGAGCGCGAGCGGGCGGUGCGGCCUUGCCGUCUCGGUCUCGUCCUCCAAUGGUGCAGCUGGGCUCUCCCCACUGAGUGACUCGGAGAAGAAAGGCCCUGUGGUGAUGGAGAUCCCGCUGGAAGAUAUCCGGAGGCCGCUAAUGCAAACGCGUGCUAAUGAUCCUGACAAGGUGCAGGAGCUCAUGGACAGCAUCCGUGUCAUCGGCCUCCAAGUACCUAUCGACGUGCUGGAGGUUGACGGAGUCUACUACGGAUUCUCUGGAUGCCAUCGCUACGAGGCUCACCAGCGCCUAGGACUCCCAACCAUCCGCUGCAAAGUCCGCCGAGGGACAAAAGAAACACUGCGGCACCAUAUGCGAUGAAUCGGUGGUUAGCGAUGAAUGGAUGAUCCAUGGACUGCUUCAGCCACGAAGUGUCAUCUGUUAUGUCUAGUGCUAAAAAAAAACUUUCUCCUCCUGUAAUCAUAUAUACGUGUAAAUGUUACCCAAUCCAAUGUGUAAAAUAGCACUUGUUCAGCUGGCGAUUCUGCUCCUUCUGUUGCAUGCACUAAUCUCUACAACUCUGUUUGGGCAAGAAUGCAACUGAAGGUUCAGGGUA